UGCACCUCCAUCUCCGACGAUCACAAUACGGGGAAGCCAGUCCAGCUCAAACAACUAUCGGGAAAGUGCCAACCUCUUCCGCUCCCAUAGCCGUCUCUUUGCAAUGACUAUGGCGAGGCCACUGCUAUAUAUACAGCCCUCAUCGUGCUACUUUUCCCCAUCCAUUAAAGAUAGACUACACUAUUCAACAUGACCAAUCCCCUCCUGGCACAUCUGCAAGACUCACUCUUCCCUCAAUGUCGUGUAGGCAUCAAUGGCUUUGGCCGUAUCGGCCGAGCGGCCUUCCGAGCCUCGCUCGAGAGGACAGACCUCAUCGUGGUCGCCAUCAACCACACCGCACCCUCCAUCGACUACCUCCUCCACGCCAUCAAAUACGACUCCACCCACGGCACCUCCCGCCACGCUGCCGACCUGUCCAUCAAAGACGACGCCCUCUACUUUAAGGACAGGCGUAUCGAGCUGUUCAGCCAGAGAGACCCGUUGAAGUUGGAUUGGAAAGCGGCGGGGGCAGAGUAUGUGAUCGAGUCGACGGGAAAGAUGACUACUGUGGAGACUGCGGGGGCGCAUUUGAAGAGUGGGGCGAAGAAGGUUGUGAUUUCGGCGCCUUCCAAAGACGCAAAGACCAUCGUGGUUGGGGUCAACAGGAAAGAGUACAAUCCCUCCAUGAACGUGCUCUCGAACGCUAGCUGCACUACGAAUUGUCUUGCGCCUCUUGCAAAGGUACUCAAUAGAUCGUUUGGUAUCGACUAUGGAAUGAUGACCACCGUUCACGCGUCAACGUCCUCGCAGCCUAUCCUCGAUGGCUAUAGCAAGAAAAAUCGUCGACUCGGCCGCGGAGUCGGCUCAAACAUCAUCCCCACCACCACCGGCGCCGCCACCGCCGUCCAACUCGUCCUCCCCGAACUCGCCGGCAAAUUCACCGGCGUCUCCGUCCGCGUCCCCGUCAACAACGUCUCCAUGGUCGACCUCACCGUGCACCUCUCCACCCCCGUCCAGUCCGUACACGACCUCCUCUUGCCGAUCCGUGAAGCUUCCACAGGGCUCUCGACGCUGGGCCCGCUGGCGAAUGUGUUGUGCGUGAAUGACGAGGAGCUGGUGUCGCAUGAUUUCUUGGGGUGGCAGUAUAGUUGUAUUGUGGAUUCGGCUGCGACGGUGAUGUUGAAUGAGAGGGUGUUCAAGAUCAUUGCUUGGUAUGAUAAUGAGUAUGGCUAUGCCUGUCGUUUGCUCGACCUCGUCAUGUUUACGCAUGAAGUCGAUAAUGGCAAGGUCCCAACCCCGACAGCUUCGGGCUGGCAGACGCCCACUGGGGGCCAUGAUCACGCUGUUCAAGUCUAGAUGGUCAAGAGCAUCGCGGGUUGUGUAUAUAGAUUUGUCUGGAAAGGCGCUAUGAAUGGACUAUCGUUG